AUGUUCAGAUCGCUCAGUAGCAAGAACUCGACUUCCUCUUCCAAACGCAAGAAGGCAGAUCAAUCGAGUCGCCGUCCCGAAUCUGUAACGUCCUCGUCGACACAUCGCAAAUACUCUCGCAAUGACGAACGCUCUUCCAAGGGUGAACAUAGAAAACCGACCUCGACCCAGCCUCCCGUGGAUGGUUCCUCUGGCCCAUCACCCUACUACACCACUGCUGAUCGACUCAAUCAACUCGAGCCUCGAUCUUUGACAGAGGAAGCUAUUAGAAGCCUCGGUUUGCAAGAUGAAACGUGGGAAGAUACAUACUCGCGUGCAGAAGACUUGCCCUCGGGGGGAGUUUCUGCAGACAAAAAUGGACGCUUCGACAGUUCUUACAAGGACGACCCUAGCCAGCGAUAUAACGAAGGUCUGAUAUACCGCUCUCCAAAUGAGGAAACAUUGCCGAAUGCCCGCUCGAUGUCUCACGGAGAUUGUCCUCAAAACUCGUUUGGCACAUCUUCUCAUGUGCAGGACCAAUUCCCCGGUCAAGACCCUUUAACGUAUGCGCGUUCCGCAUUCGAUCCAACUGCCGCUCGAAGCCCUGCUGCUGCGUACUAUGCUGGUGACCAGACUCGACCUCAUGACGCUUUUGCUACCUCACCGGCCAAUCAAUUCCCUCAAUCAGGUGCGGGAGAAGCUGCCGAAUACUACUCGCAAGCUUCAAUGCAGUCUCUGAAUGCUGGAAACCAUCAUGUACCUUCGCAAGCCUAUAGUGCUUCUCAAAACACAUCAAGUCGCCCUGCAGCACAGACUGAACCUCUAAUGUCUAACAAUUCCACCCAUCAUACUAAUUCUUACACUACCGGUCCGACUGACGGCCGCACCAACGAUGUUAAAAACUACACAUAUCAGCAACAACAUCGUCCGACGGAAGCUUUUGUACAAGGACAGUCUGCAUCACAUGAAACUUUCCAUCAGCAUUCUCAUCCUGUACCUUCCACAAACACCUACACUGACCAAUCCCACAACCCAUCCCUGCCCAGCCAACCUCCGGGACCCGGUAAGCAAGUUUCCGCGAACCAAAACCUGGCAUAUAUGACAGCCGCAGGAGCGGCGAUGGCAGGUGCUCAUAGCCAUCAUCAUCACAAUCUGCAUCAACACAAUCACUCUGCUCCCAUUCAUGGUGGUAAUNAUGCAUGGACAACCCCUCCAAGGCCCUACACAUCCGGAAAUAUGGCGAUGCAGCACAAGCACAAAGGUCCUAUCAGCAAAUUUGUGGAUUGGUGGAAAGAUUACGAAGACGUGCGCAAGAUGGAAGAGUACACCGAGUACAUUGGGGUAUGCAAGUAUUGCUUUGAUCCUCGUUCUACUGCCACAGAUGCUCCCAGAAAGCACCAUCGCGGAAGUAGACGGUCGUCUGAUUCGUUGCGAAGACGCUCCAGUGAUUCCCUCCGACGAUUUUACACCAAUGGAUCGACUUAUGGCAGAGUUGACAAGGAUUCUCGGUACCACUCGUCAUCAGACAGUGAACGUCGUAGUAAGAAAGCCAGCUGGAUGGGUGCUGGCAUUGUUGCGUACGGCGUAUCGAAGGUCGGAAAGUCUCUAUGGCAAAACUCUCGUGAUUUCGAUGACACAUACAGUGUCAAGUCUGGAAGGCAAAGCGAUGUUUCUAGGCAAGGUACUCGUAGAGAGGCGCGGCAGGGCUACUCCUCCAGUCACGAUAGUAAAUCAGAGCACAACAAUGACCGAAAGGUUGUAACUAACAGCUCAAGCAACCGCUUUCAAACUGGUACCCAGAGCUCGGCCACACGGCCAGGACACACCGGCACAGAGUCGAGACGCAGUCAAGAUGAUCGUUAUAGUACUGCCGAUCCGAACUUUGUGACUGCUGGAGGCUCGCGACACAGCGAGGAACAGAUCCAUGUUCGUCACCCUAGUCCUGGAGCCGGCUAUAUAUCACCACGUACGGCAUCCCAUCGAGGAUACAAAACCCGUUCGAGGAGUCAGAGUCCAUCCUUGGCCCAGAUCUUGGGACUGACUCGUUCACAAAAGCGCACAUCAGCAACAGCUUCACGUUCAUCCUCGUCACAGCAGGAGGGCAUGUUCACUGGCCUCUUCUCCAGACCGUCCAGCAGGCAUAGGUCCAAGCAGAGCAAAAGGCAAGGGUUCUUCAACUUUGCCAACUCAUCUUCAUCAUCUGCCAACUCUGACCUAGCUUUUGGUACUCGUCCUAAGAACGGGAAGCUAUCCACGAGAGCCACGAGAAAGAGCUCAGAUGAGCACCUCAAGGCUACCCUGUUGGGUAUUGGUGCCACCGCCGCUGCUCUGAGCGCGGUACAGCGGACUAGGUCAGGCAGCAAAAAGUCGGAACCCACAAGACUGCGUAACAAAGACCCCACUUAUGCCACACAGCGGCGCAAGCCGAAAACCAGUGAGGAAGAAGAGGGUUGGGAGUCUGCCACUGAUGAUGAGAGCGUUUCGUCUGGCCUUGCGUUUGGUGACUUCGAUGGAAGGGCUGUUAGAAGACAACGCAGCUCUGAAUCCGUAACUUCUCAGAGUUCUGGUACCGACAAAUGGAGCGGGCGCUGGCGUCGAAAGUCGGACAAGAAGGCUGAUGUUAACAACCUGCCACGAACCUAUAACAAUGACGAUGACUUCAAGGAGGACCAAGUUGUCGUCACGCCGCAGCCUCUGAAAUACAUGCAUUCAGCACCAAUCUCUAGCCCAAUGCAUUUUGAAGCACGGGGACAGUCGUCAAUGCCUGGUGCAUUUCCAGAGCAGCAGUAUUCAACCGAACGUGCGCAAAUACGACAGCCACAACCGAUCACGCCUCUACAGUCUAGCAUCUUCGGCAAUCGCACUCCGCCUCAUACUUCCCGUAUUGGUCCGCACAGUCCUCAGCUAUUCACACGCCCUACUGUACCAACAGAGCUGAGGCGCACGCAAUCAAGCCCUGUAUCGAGCCACACUAUGCGCAAUGCAGCGAUGGCUGGUAUAGCAGGCGCGGCUGCAGCUGGAAUUCUUUCCAAUGGCAAAAGCAGAGCUAGAGAUGACAGCCCUAGCAAUGUCCGCUUUGACCUCACUGAAAAACAAGCCAAGAAAGAGGAGCGUCAACUACGCAAAGACAAUGCUAAAGAGAGUAAGGAGCGUAUCAAAGAAGAGGCUAGAGACAAGAAAGAGCGUGCUCAUCUUGAUCGCGAAAGAGCAUUGCAAGAGGAGUCCGACCGAAAAGCUGUUGAAGAUGCAAGACGGUAUGUCGAAGAGGUGGAACGCCAAAAAGCUCUUGCCGAACAGGCUGAGAAGUACCAAGCUCAGUUGCGAGAAGCAGCGGCUGCCGAAACUAGGGAGCGAGAAGCAGAUCGCCAACGAGAAGAGGAAAUCAAAGAGUUCAUGAAGAACGCACUUGCCCACCAAGCUCGAGAGGCUGAAUCAAAGAAGCAGCACGAAACUUGGCAAGCUCAAGAGAUGGCAGCUGCGAGUCAAAAAUCCCCUCCAACCUCUCGAGCCGGGCCUUCCACGGCUUCUCAACCAGCUGUCGACAGCUCAUACGACUAUCAAACCGAUCAUCCUCAACAUGACAGGAACGAUCUCGCAAGUAUACCCUAUGCUACUCGCUCGUAUGAGCCAUCGAACGAACACAGUGGCCAACCCCUCAUGGACGACGACCUCAUUGAUCCCGAUUUCUUCACUCGCAGACGUAGUCACAGUGACCUAGCUCGGCACGAAGAGCUCGCCAGAAAGGCAGCUGCCAAGAUUGUUGCUGAUCUCGAAGACAGAUACAGAGAUCCUGCACCCUCUCAGGCCGAGUUUUUCGCACCAAAGGAACUUUUCGAACCAUCCAAGGGCAAGACAAAAGUCCAUGGACCCAUCGAUGACACCGAUUAUCAAAUCUAUCACAUGUCAGAGGACCAGCUUGCAUCAAUGCCCAACGAGCCACCGCCCCCAUACCAGCCAUCCUAUCAAUUCGCCAACGUGCGAGACAUGAAGGGUACCGCGUCUUGGGAUAUCCCAAAGCUCAAUGUGGUUGCUCCUACACCGCCUGCAAGCUACGCAGGAUCAGCCAGGGGCGACAAAUCGCCCAUCAUUGCUCCUGCAAGAGCUGUUCAGGGAACUAGCCAGGAGCCUGACACUAACCUCGAACCCCAAAAAUCGAGCAAAGUCAGCUGGGGAGAAGACCAGACUCGUUUUUACCAGAUUACUACCCCGGAGUCAUCCCAGGAGCAUGUUGUUCUCCCUGACGAGCCGCCACAUGGAGUGUCAGGCUUGUGUGACGAAUACGUACCUGUUGAACCAUCUCAAGCAGAGUCUGACAACAGCAGACAUAUGGCCAGUAAUUUAAAUUCGAACAGGGAGCAGCCAGAUGAGUUCGUCGAGGAGAUUAUGAGAGAAGUACCAUCGAGAACCUCGAAACGCUUGUACCGACAGCCUUUUGUUGAAAGCGUUGAUGAUGUUGCUUUUACACUGGAUUCGCCAGGAACUGAAGGUGCACCACCAGUACGAGAAUUCGUCGAAGGCGAGGCUGACGAUGCGAAUGAGUUCGAUGACCGUAUGCCUCACGUUCCUGGUGGCUUCGAUGAUGUAAAAUCAGAAACUCGACCUGAAAACAUAUUCAACAAUGAUAUUCAGAAACUCAGUCGUGAGGUCAUGCAAGAACAACAAGCUCCUCGCGAGAACGAACGCGCUCAAACCAUCGAGCAAUCAGGGUCUGCCCAGCAAGAUCAGGAUGAUUACUUCAUGAUCGGGCAGCCGAGAAGAAAAGCGAGACAAGGAAGCAAGAAGGGCAUCGCGAGAGCGAGAUCGACGANNUCGCCAGGCGACAAACUUAGAUCCGAGCUCUCAAACGAUCACAACGACGCCGAACAGGCUACAGACUACGCCAAGGUUGGAGCAGUGAUUGGUGCUGCAACUGCGGUUGGCGCUCUCGUUCACAAUGCCAGAUCUCGAUCUCCCAAUAGGAGAAAGAGCGAGCCAGAAGACUUUGAUCACCAACGUUCGUCGUCGUCACACUCAGAACCUCGAGAUACCGUCUCACAAUCUACACCUACAUCGCCUGUUUACGAGCGUCGACCAUCUCUGCCUAGCCACGCCUUUGACGACCUCGACAUGCUUCCUGGUAAUAAGAGACCAAAGAAGUCAAAGAGAAACAGUCUGCUCAACUAUCCUGCUAUCGGAUCUCCUCUUCGAUCAGCUAUGACCUGGGACGAGUACAUUGAACCUAUGGACGUCACGCAUCAUGAUCAACCUACCCAGUCACAAUCGUAUGAGAACAAUGUUGAACUCUCUUCUGAGGACACGAAAUCAGAGACAAGGAGAAGCUUUCCCUCGCCAGAGUCCGAACGCGGCGCUGCAUCCAUCGUCUCUGCUCCUGCUGGUGAUGAAGAGAGUGGUCGAAGACGCAAGAGUAGGAAGUCGCAGCGGCAACGGGAGAAGUCAACGUCCCCUCGCAGAAGCGCAUCAGUUACGAUGUCUGAACCGUAUGAGAGCUCUCGCAAGCACAAACAGCGAUCACAUCGUGAUGACAACGAUUUCGACGAUGCAUCGUCAACUCGCUCACGUAGUUCCCACAGCUCCAAGAAGGACGACGAAGAAAGCAGAAGCAAGAAGAAGGGCGGUAUAUUAAGCCUCUUCCGCCGCAAGACGUCUGAUGAUGUCGCUGGCAAUGAGCAGAAACGUGCCAAUGGUGAUCAUGAACGUUCCAAGCAUCAUCAUCGCCGUCAUAGCUCUGAGCAUGCUGUUGACGAGUUCAAUGGGCGCCGAAGCUCAACCUCGAGGUCUCGUUCUCGUGUUGGAAAAGAUGGCCCUUCUUCGAGACAUUCAAGCAGUUCCAGACAUCGACGAAGCCCUCAUCGUGAUGGUAGCGUAGAUGAAACCGAGACUGGUUCUCAUACACCAGGGCCCAGGCGCCGUCACAAGCAUCAUACUAGGGACCAUAGCCGAUCUCCAGAGAAAGAGUUUGAUGAUAAUCAAUCCUUGAUUUCAGAGUCUAGGCGCAAACACAGACAUCGAGAUCGGGACCUCAACUCAGACGAUAAAAGGUCGCGCUCGCGAGACAACAAGUACGUCAACGACGAAGACGAAUCUNUUUUAGGCGAACGGGUAGAGGAUGAGGAGUCCGUACCUCUACCCGAGGAUGAUAGUCCGUCAUUAUCCCAGGCCCCAGAGUCAGUUGAAAAUCCACAGGAAUCCAUUUCGCCGUCAGGGCAUGACAAGAUGGGGAGGAUGGAGCAAUCGACCGACUCGAUAACAUCGCCAAUAUUUCUCAAUGCGCUGAAGAACUUGCCGGAUGUUGCAAUACAGGGGAGUACGGACGACUCAACCCAACAGAUUGUUGAAACUAUGUCCCGUCUACCACCGUCAGAAGCGCUGUCACCUCCUGUCGAAUAUAUGACUCCAGCAAGGCCAAUAGUUCCUCUACGAAUAAGCUCCUCCACAGCUGUUCCACUGAGGUUCCGCCGUCCACCUACUUCCCCUAGUCAUCCGCGGGAACGCUCAGCCAGCUUCAGCUCUCCUGUUACACAAUCACCCUCAUCACCGAUAACGCCGAAGGCCAAGAGACCAUUGUCCACAGAGUUCAUGCAUUCGACCGAGUUCAGACCGCUAUACUUGCUUGAACGCACACGCAAGCCUCAAGAACAGGAAGCUGAACAAGACUUGCCAAGUUUGCCUCCGAGUCGUAGCACAAGCUCGUCGAGCUUGCAGAGCAGUGAAGACUGGCAGUCUGCAGCCGAGGAAUUUGACCCAAGUGAACACGAUAACUCGAGUCCACCCACAGUUGAUCAGUUCCAGACCGAUGAGCCUGAAGAUGUUCUAGGCUCCGCCCAGACUACGCCUAAAGCGACCGAGUUUCCCAAGAACAUUUUGCAGUCUCGUCCUCAUCUGGAGCCGGAGUACUACUCUUGGAGCGACAUGGAGCGUGAGGAACACCUACGCGAGGAAGCGCAGUGGGAACAUCAUGACGACUUGGUCGAGGAGCCAGCAGCCGGAGACGACGAUCAGAACGGACCGAUGUUGGUCAGCAAUACUAUCGCGCCGAAGGAGGACACCGAAGUUGCAGUCAAUCAAGAUCCCAUGGCAACAGAUGUGUGGGGUGACCUGAGCGACGAAGAGCUCCAAACUACCGUGGCGCCCAGUCAUGAUGAAUCAGCAGAGUCGAGCAUGCAAUCAGAAGAACCAGAUGCUGGCUCAAGCCUUACAUUCUCAGCCAAGAAGCGCAAGAACAAGAAAGCAGCCAAACUGGGAACAUCUUCCAACUCUGAGAUUACUAGCCCUGUCCGCGAAUCUCCAGCAGAACUUGCAAGAAGGCGAGAGAAAGAUGCACAAGAUGCCGUCGAUACUUGGUUCAAGCCUGCUGCGGAGCUGAGACAAGAAUCCCUUUCUGAUGCUAGUCAAGUACCACUGCCGGAGACGACAAUACCUCUCGAGCCAGAGGUCAAAGAGAGCGAACUCUUCCCAGCUUCAAUUCAAAGAGACGAACCUUUGAUGCAAGAAAUCGAGCCCAGUUCUCCAUUGCUGUUACGCAAAAAGUCGAAGAAGGGCAAGAAGAAGCAGAAAUCUGCAGUCUUGGAUGAAAAACACUCUGAGCCCAUACCAGCUGAGGAUUUCUCACAGCCAAAGAUGGUCGCUGAAGCAAUGCCUCAACAUGAGUCUGCUCAAGGAACUCAACCCAGGAGUGAAUAUGAAGAAGUGCAGACCACAAUAGCUACUGAAGAGACAGCUCAAGAGCAAGAACGCGACCUCGAAGCUUCGGAGAUAGUCAUCUCAAUGGAUGNNCUACCGUUGGAGCUGCCAUGUCUGNAGAGUCUGGAACAGCCGGAUGACUAUGCACAGAUCGAAGAGCCGAGCUAUGCCAUGUCUAAGGCAGAGCGCAAGAAGAAGAACAAAAAGGCAAAGAAGGCUGCACUCUCGAUUGCAGUUCCUGUAGUUGCUGCAGCCGCAUUAGUUGCCUCAGAUCGAGAAGCUCCGGAGCAGAAUGACGAGGGGGCAACUUCGAAAUCCGAGCCCGUGCUUGCUAAUGACGAGAAACCUAUAGACGAGUCCGCCAAAGACGACACGGACUCUGUUCCUACUCCUACUGACGAUCCCAUGGAUGAGGUUUCUCUGUCCACUAGAGCUCCUGAAGACACUGUACCUCUUAUCGAGACCGAGACAACAACGGAAUAUGGCGUACAAGAGCAGCAAAUUGCGGCUCACAAGAAUCACACCGAUACUGAAUCGCGCAUACAAGAAAAGGACCCAGGCGUUCAGUCUUCCGAUCCCGUGACCGGCCUGCUGCCUGAACAAAUAGCGCUUCCCGAUGAGACUCAGGACGAAUUGACAGAGUUCAAAGCCACCGAGCCUGUUUCAGAACCUGUCGCAGAGGCAUCCCAAGAACAACAGACUCAGCUCGCACCAGAAGUAAAGAUUGAGGAGGUACUCGCAAGCUCAGAACGAGCUGACCAAGAUGCAACGACAACAAGCAAAAGAUCAUCUUGGUUCUCUUGGCUCCCAGGCGGUAAACCACAAGAAGUUGACGAGCUAAACGCCGAGUCGGAGGCAGUUGAAGAUAACCUAGAACGGCCCAAUGCUCUGACACAAGAGCCGUUUGAGCGGCUUCUUGACCAACCGAUACAACACCCUGAGUUUGUCAACGAGCCGAUCAUAGAGGAUGUUCUCAAGGAUGCAUCAGAGCCGACCUCGACCACACUUGAUUCGGAGGACUCCCCAGCCUUACCAGUGGAAGAGCCUGCAUUCGUUGAAGAUAUCUGGACCAUGCCGUCGAAGAAAAGUAUGAAAGGCAAAAAGGGCAAGAAGUCUACGAAAGCAGAAACUCUGUACGAGAAAGCGUCGAUGUCUUCAUCGUUUACCGAGAACACAUCUCUAGAUGUUGAAGGUUCACAGAACGAGAACACUGAACCCGCCGAGAGUGACAUGAUUAUCGAGAUUGCAGAGCCCGAGCCUUCGAGCAACAUCAACGUGCAAGGUUCUAGCAUCGAUUUUGCGGCACAUGGGCAAGCCCCGCCUACUACCGUAGUCGAAGGCAAAGAAUCAUCUCCAGCUCCAAACGUAGAGAAUAUGGAACCAGAUAUUCCGUCGGAAGCUGUAUCUCAAUCUCUUGAGUCCGCAACAGAGCGCACCGAAGCGGCCACCACUUCUGUCGACCCCGAUGUUCAUGAUCGAGCUCAAGAUGAGAGUAGGUUUCUGCCCCUUCACGAACCCGUUUCGAACGCCGAGCCUCCUACUGCCACGGCUGAAGAUGAAUGGACCAUGCCUUCGUCCAAGAAAAAGAAAAAGAGAGGCAAGAAAGGCAAACAGACAUUGACAGAGCCCGUCGAGGCAGCUGAAGAUGUUCAACAAGCACAAACUCCAGAGCCAGAGCCGCUUGAAGCUAUGGCGAAUAUUGAGACACACCUGCUACGCCAGACGUUUUCGAGACGCCUGCAGAAGGCACUUCAGCACAGUACUUCGAGACACCCGCUGAUGAGCUUGCUGACCAAUACUUUAUCACCCCGGUUGAGGAAAUCUUAG